CCGACACGGGGCUCGGCGGGGCUGGGCCGGGCCGCGAGGAGCGGGAGGAAAGUGACAAGUGGGGCUGAGCGGCACGAGCCGCCUUCCCCGCCCGCCGGCACCGCGCGGGACGGACCGAGCCCAGAGGAGCAGAGCAGAGCACAGCACAGCACAGAGCACAGCACAGAGCACAGCACAGGCGGCCCCGCGGCGCUGCGCGGGCCGGGCCGGGACGCCGGCGCUGCGCUGUGGAUGCCGGAGUAACGCGGCGUCGGCUCAGGAAUGCGGCAGCCGCCACAGCCGGGCCGAGGGGACGGGCGGCUCCUGCUGCUCCCGCUGCUGCUGCUGCUGCUCCGCGAGGGGAGCCGGGCAGAGACGGCCGACACCACGGCAGGAGCAAAUUCAUCAGCGGUUGUGGAUCUCGUGCCUACGUCAUCAUGGAACAUCUCAAGUGAGCUAGAUAAAGCAGAUUACUUCUUGACGCUCGACGAGCCGAUGAACAACAUCACCACCACUCUUGGCCAGACCGCAGAGCUGCACUGCAAGGUCUCUGGCAAUCCUCCGCCCACCGUGCGCUGGCUGAAGAACGACGCUCCCGUGGUCCAGGAGCCGCGGCGCAUCUCCUUCCGCGCCACCAGCUACGGCUCCCGGCUGAGAAUCAGAAACCUGGACACUACCGACACCGGCUACUUCCAGUGCGUUGCAACAAAUGGCAGGAAGACUGUUUCUACGACUGGUGUGCUGUUUGUCAAGUUUGGUCCCCCACCAACAGCAAGUCCAGGAUCAUCGGAUGAGUACGAAGAGGAUGGUUUUUGCCAGCCCUACCGGGGGAUCGCUUGUGCACGGUUUAUUGGCAAUCGGACCAUUUAUAUGGAGUCUUUGCAUAUGCAAGGCGAAAUAGAAAAUCAGAUCACAGCUGCCUUCACCAUGAUUGGCACUUCCAGCCAUUUGUCGGAUAAAUGCUCCCAGUUUGCUAUUCCUUCGCUCUGCCACUACGCCUUCCCCUACUGCGAUGAGACCUCCCCAGCUCCCAAGCCGCGGGACCUGUGCCGCGAUGAAUGUGAAAUACUGGAAAAUGUCCUGUGUCAGACGGAGUAUAUUUUUGCUAGAUCCAAUCCCAUGAUACUGAUGAGAUUAAAGCUGCCCAACUGUGAAGAUCUUCCCCAGCCAGACAGCCCCGAAGCCGUCAAUUGUAUCCGGAUUGGGAUUCCCAUGGCAGAUCCCAUAAAUAAAAAUCACAAAUGCUACAACAGCACAGGGGUGGACUACCGGGGCACAGUGAGUGUGACCAGGUCAGGGCGGCAGUGCCAGCCAUGGAACUCGCAGUACCCGCACACGCACACCUUCACUGCCAUCAGGUACCCGGAGCUCAACGGGGGGCACUCCUACUGCCGCAACCCCGGCAACCAGAAGGACGCCCCGUGGUGCUUCACCUUGGAUGAGAAUUUCAAGUCUGAGAUCUGCGACGUCCCGGCGUGUGAUUAUAAGGAUGCCAAAGAAAAGAAUAAAAUGGAAAUCCUGUACAUCCUGGUGCCAAGUGUUACUAUUCCCCUGGCCAUAGCAUUGCUCUUCUUCUUCAUCUGCAUCUGUCGCAACAACCAGAAGUCGUCCUCCCCUCCAGUUCAGAGACAGCCAAAGCACGUCAGAGGGCAGAACGUGGAGAUGUCAAUGCUCAACGCCUAUAAACCAAAGAGCAAGGCUAAGGAGUUGCCUCUCUCUGCUGUUCGUUUCAUGGAAGAACUGGGUGAAUGUGCCUUCGGCAAAAUCUACAAGGGACACCUCUACCUUCCAGGCAUGGACCAUGCUCAGCUCAUUGCGAUCAAGACACUAAAAGACUUUAACAACCCCCAGCAGUGGGCAGAGUUCCAGCAAGAAGCAUCUCUUAUGGCUGAGCUCCACCACCCUAACAUUGUUUGCCUCUUAGGUGUGGUGACCCAGGAGCAGCCUGUCUGCAUGCUCUUCGAGUACAUGAACCAAGGAGACCUCCACGAGUUCCUCAUCAUGAGAUCACCACACUCAGAUGUUGGGUGUAGCAGCGAUGAGGAUGGAACUGUAAAAUCCAGCCUGGACCAUGGGGAUUUCCUGCAUAUCGCAGUCCAGAUUGCAGCAGGGAUGGAAUACUUAGCAAGCCAUUUCUUUGUCCAUAAAGAUCUUGCCACUCGUAACAUUUUAAUUGGAGAACAGCUUCAUGUAAAAAUUUCAGACCUUGGACUCUCAAGAGAAAUCUACUCAGCAGAUUAUUACAGAGUUCAGAACAAAUCUCUUUUGCCGAUUCGCUGGAUGCCACCGGAGGCGAUUAUGUACGGCAAGUUCUCCUCUGAUUCAGAUAUUUGGUCCUUCGGAGUUGUUUUGUGGGAGAUCUUCAGCUUUGGACUUCAACCAUAUUAUGGAUUUAGUAACCAAGAAGUCAUAGAGAUGAUCAGGAAACGUCAGCUGCUGCCAUGCUCUGAAGACUGUCCUCCUCGAAUGUACAGCCUGAUGACGGAGUGCUGGCACGACCUGCCCUCUCGGAGGCCGCGAUUUAAAGAAAUCCACGCCAGGCUGCGCUCCUGGGAGGGCCUUUCGAGCCACACUAGUUCCACCACCCCCUCAGGUGGGAAUGCCACCACUCAGACAACUUCCCUCAGCGCAAGCCCCGUUAGUAACCUGAGUAAUCCCAGGUACCCUAACUACAUGUUUCCAGCACAAGGUAUACCACAAGGCCAAAUCGCCGGGUUCAUAGGGCCGCCUAUACCUCAAAACCAGCGAUACAUCCCCAUCAACGGGUACCCGAUUCCAGCAGGAUACGCCGCUUUCCCAGCUGCCCACUACCAGCCGCAGGGCCCGCCCAGGGUAAUCCAGCACUGUCCUCCUCCAAAGAGCCGCUCUCCCAGCAGUGCCAGUGGAUCCACUAGCACAGGUCAUGUCACAAGUUUGCCAUCUUCAGGAUCCAACCAGGAGGCGAACAUCCCUUUGCUCUCCCAUAUGUCCAUCCCCAGUCAUCCGGGUGGAAUCGGUAUAACCGUUUUUGGAAACAAAACUCAAAAACCGUACAAAAUGGACUCGAAGCAGUCUUCCCUUUUAGGAGACUCGAGCAUCCACGGACCGAAUGAAUCUAUGAUUUCAGCUGAAUUGUAAAUAAGCGAGGCCUUUGUAAAUAUAACUAUUUACGAUACAAACUAGAAAGCAGUAGAAAAGAUUUAUAUUCAAAUAUUUUAUUAAAGAUUCUUCUGGUUGUUUAACAGACAUCGCAGCAAGUAUCUUCUGUGAAGUUUAACUGCUUAACAGGAUGGGCAGAGCAACCAGACAGAGGUCCUUGUGGUGUGAAUACUCAGCUUUGUGAACGGAUGCAUCGUUUCUCCAAGUGCCACCAACAACUCAAAGAGGGGCAGGGGGGAUCUUUUAAAACAAGAGCAUUUUAUCGUACGCUUUUUUCACAGCUUGUUAAGCUUCCGACGUGGUUUAAAUCACAGAAACUUUUUAAUGCUGAAAACGUGUUUUAAUAUUUGUCUCUUUUUUUAGGAGAUGCAAAUAUUCGGCGAUCUACUGGUUGUGCAAUUUCAGUUCCAAUAGCUAGGUAAAGUGUUUGUAAAUUUUGAAAUCGAGGAUUAUGUUUCAAGUAUGUGACCUGAGAGCUGGAUUAAUUCCUUCAGGUAGGAUUUUGGUCUUGCGUUACGUUGGGAGUCUGAGUCCAGAUUCAGGCCACAAAGGGUGCGCUAUUCGACGGCACAAUAGCUUGAGUUAUCUGCUGUUGGCUGCUGAAGAUGGCUGGAGUUGUUAGAAAUUGCCUUAAAGGAAAUGAAAUUAAAGUAUUUUAAUUUCAGAACCUGAAUCAACUUCUUCAAAGAUAACAUUUCAUAAUUUUUAUAGGUAGAUAAAGUGGAAAUUGUAUAUCCUUUUGUUGCUAUGCAACUGUGUAAUGGAAAGGCUCCAAACCACAAUUUUAUAUAUGGCAGUUUUUCCCAGUAGUAUUUAUUGUUUCAGAUCAAUACGUAAUUUCAGUGACUAUGACUCCAGUAACCCUGAAAGGAGGGAAACUCGCGUUCCAUCAGGCAGCAGAUCCGUUGAUAGCAAUUUACUGUCAAUUUUAAGAAUGUGAAUUAAUGUUAAUUUUCAUCCUUGAAACACAACGCGCAUAAUUACUAAAAUGUAUUCAGGUAUGAGCGAUCUACAAUAUUCAUUUGAAACCACUUUAAUGAGUUACAGAAGUGCUGUGUACCUUAACGACUUUCCACAGUCUCUCUUUUGUACUGAAUCGUAUUUUUUAUUGUACACAAUGGAAACCAUCUUUGCUCAGUUGACAACGUUGUAUAAUAUGACUUUAUUUUUACCUUUUUGCACAAAAGUGUGAUGAUGUUUUGUACAGCAGAAGUGAAAAUACAUCUCUGCAUUUUAUAUCUUGGUCUGUUUCUUUUUAUUUUUACCCUGAUGUAGAUGUUCUUGAAGUAUAUUAUGGUGAUAUUCAGCCACUACCUUAGACAAAUAUUUUUCUUUGUUUUCACUGCAUGCGUUUAAUCACUGUAUUACUUGACGAUCGAUUUAUUAAUUACGGGCAUUUCAAUUAGGCGAGCAUGAAAAUGUAAUUACAAAGGCUAUUUUAUAAUUAAGAUACGUGCAUUUUUGUAUUUCACAUGCCAGAGAUGAUAUUAAACACUGAUUAUUUUAUGCUGCUGUUUAUUAAAACAUUGUAUUAACAUAA